GUUCUAUUCCGCAUCCAAAUUGCAUUGUGGGAUAUGUAUUUUUUGUGCACUUAUUUGACAUCGCUGCCAUGCGUCCAUGGAAACACAGCAAACAAACGAGACAGAUGUACACGAGAUGAGAGUGAAAUUCCAUAGACGUAGGCGAGGAAAACAGGUGUCUACAAAAUGAUGAAAGCUGACAACGUUGUCAUUUUGUAUUUAUAAAACUGUGCAAAAUGCCUAUAAUUAAAGUUCCAGUUGUCCAUAAUUUGGGUAUAAUUUCCCAAACUCACAAAGAGGAUUUGCAAAAAAGACUUUUCAAAAAAGCUCAGGAAAUAACAAUCACAACCAAUUCAAAGGCUACCAGAAACCCAUUUGAAAUAACAGAGGAGUUUAUCAGAAAGUACAACAAUUCCCAUGGCUCUGAGGAACAAGAAAAGUAUAAUGAGCUGGCACGACAACUACUUAGCCGAAGCAAGCGCAGAGCUGGACUGAAAUGCAUGGGUGAGGGCUACCACGUUCAGCUUCCUCUGGCAUGGGCAGAGCUGCUGUUGCUUGGUUUGUGCCGUGGUAAAAUUCAAAAUGAUUCCCUGGAUUCCCUUCUGAUGUCACUGGACCAUGCUCCAGUGCAUGCAGAACAGAUUCCCGCCCUCUUUUACCUUGGAGAGUCAGUCUUGUACUGGGUCUGUACUGAUACGUCCCAGAAGCCCAAUUUGUACACCUGCGAAGUGAAGAUACUGAAGCUGGGAUAUUUGGUCUUCUUGAGACUAUUUCUCUUUCACAUCUCUGGAAACCUGAGUGGAUACCAAAGAAGCAAAUCCCAUCUUCACGUUUUUUUAAAAGCUCUGUCUCAGUGUGAGCCAUGCUACCAACCGUAUCCAAACAUCUUGCUCUCAGUGCACUUCAUGUUACGUUCAGGGGAGAUCAUUUGUGGACUGGAACCUUUUGAAGAUGAUUCAGCAUCAGCUCAGGCAGACUGUCAGGAGUAUGACAUGAACCAGGUGCUCUGGCAUUGUCUUCUCAGUUGGUACUGCGUACAAAACAAUGUCCGCCAGCUCUCCCAAGUGGCACAGCACCUCAUCAUGCUGAGAGAGGAGCUGCAGAAAGAAAACUGGGUGGACUGUGCUUUGGGAUUAAUGGUUCUGGGUGAGGCUGCAAAGUCCAGCUUGUUGUGCCUUCAGAUGUUGAUGAGUCUCCACAUCAACCCAAAGACAGAGCAGGAUGGGAUUAUAGAAGAAAACGAAGGUAUGUCUCAGAGUGGUUGCUGGCCAUGGCAGUUGGAACACAUCUAUACCACUGUGUUAGCAGACAUAUGCCAGCAUAGCAGCAAUGCAGAGAUACAGAAAACAGCUCUGCUGGGCAGUCAAACCCCUCCAGGAUAUCACAAUACUGAUGGACUGCUUAAACUUCUGAACCACUCUGGCGCCGAGGCCUGGCAGCUGCGCUACAGUGCUGUUCAGGCUUUGGUGUGCAUAUGCCGAGGGCUCAGCGGAGCUGUGUUGCAGGAGGGGCUGAGGAAUGUGGCCUGGAUCACUCUGCAGGAACACCUGUGCCAAGAGACUGACCAGAGAGUCGGAGAUGCCGCCCGGGUUAUAGAGGCUGAAAUGAAUGUUUCAGAGAGCAGUCUUCUCAGUGAGGGAGGGAAGCCAUCAUCAUCUACCUCUGCUUCUAGCGUACCCGCUAGUCUACCUGGCCAACUGAUCACCUGGAGGUUAGCAUGUACCCUCUCACAGCUCUCUUCCCCCACGCCUCUCCAGCUCACCCCCCACACCAAGGCCAAGAAGGAACCACCACCUCCCUCCAACAGGCCUAGGCUGGAAGCCUGUUCUCCACUGCCUAAAGAAACACUCCCUGGCCCUGCCAGUAAGACGCAGCAUCCAACCAGACAUCCAGAGGAAUAUCACAGUGCCCCGGGAAAAAGUAAGAAACAUCAAACUUACAUGGACUUCAAUGCACGUACAGAUGUUGACUUGAUGAGAGUUGUGGAGGACCAGUGGCAAAAAGAACUACAGAUCAAAAUGGCAGAGGAGGAAGAUGCUGAACAAAAUGAAUUAGAGAAAGUACAAAAGGAAAAAGAGGAACAAUUCAAAGAGAUUAUGAGGAGGCGGGUGGAGAAAGUCAAGAAGGACACCAAACCAUAUGAGCUGCCUGAAUAUCAACAAACGGGAGGUCAAAUCUGAAUCUGAAAGAGACAUACAUGACUUGUGCUAUGCUCUUUGUUAUAAUACUGAUCCAAAAACAUUUUUACCAUGGUGAUUGCAUCUAGCAUUAUUUUGGAGGGAAUAGUGUCUUACAACAAGUGCAAAUUGUUUUAUGCACUUUAUUUCAUUUAAUUGGCCAAGGUAACUUGGGUUUCAUCCUUUUUUAAUCUCACAUUAUAUUUACAGAAAGAUAGAAAAAAAAUGGACAAAAUGUGACUCUUAGCGAGCAACAUUGGUAGACAUUUGUGUGAACAUUCCAAGUGAACUCGCAGUGCAGUUUCCCUUUACCUGCAAGUGAUUGAAUGGAACCAAACAUCCGACUUGUGUGCUCUACCAAGAGGAGCUUCACAAAACGACAGUAGAGGUGGCGUAAGUGAGGACGUUGCACAUCUCUGUUGAAGCAGUAGAUAUACUGCACUGAGGUUAUCAUAAGA